AUUCUCCUAUGCUGUGAAAUGGCGAAUCCGAUCACAUGAUGUGACGUGAAAUGACGACAUGAAAUUACAGUCUAACAUUUUAUGCUAGACUGUGGUUAAAUGACGUCCAUUAUGAAUACACUCUGAUGUCCUGACUUCCGUUCCGUUGACGUCCGAUGUGAAACUUGCUUUAUACAUCGUCUGUAAAAACCACCUUAACAUGCUUUGAUAAUGCCUCAUUUUCUUGUGGAAUUUGGUAAUUGUAUUGUACAAUGGUGCAGCAGCUCCUAAAGCCCAAAUACAAUUUAGAAAAAAAAAAAUCAUGGAAUAAUCGAUUUACAUUCGCCUGUCUAUCAAAAGUAUCGAUAGUUCGACGAUAGUGAGCAGCUGGAUUCAAGCUAGAUCAUGCGCAGACCGCAGACGGUUUUGUUGCAUGACAUAGUGUGCUUGUGUGUUUUGCGCAACUGUGGGCUAUAUUUGUGACGACAUAAAUGUUGUGUUUUUCAUGCAGUUGCAUGCGAAUACUGUCAACAAGAUAGCACAACGUUUCGAAGCUUUUGUGCGAGGAAAUGUCUACCUGGACAAACGAAUUUGAUGUCUUCAGGGACCUCGAUAGACUGUCAGGACUUGGAAGAAGUAAUGUAACGUAUCCUUCUUUGAACGCCUUUGGUAGAGGAAAGCUGAUAAUCAAGGAAGAUCGAAAUGGAAGAAAAACGAGGGUUGCUCAGUUUUCACCGCCACCUAAAAUCCCAGUGCCACAGAGUUGUAUGGAAGAACAACCACCCAGUAAGAUGCAAGAUGAAACAACAUGGGAAAGAGAUAGAGACCUUUAUUUGCAGCUGAGAGAGAUUUGUGGACGUGGCUACUCUAAUGAAUUGAUAGAGGAGGAGUUUGGACAAACAGAGUGCCGCAGCCAAGAACAAUUGAAUGGUAUUUCUUGCGAUACUGGUGUUGAAGAUUUGCUGGAAGAAGCAAGCAACAAAUUAAUUCUCUCUGACAAAGAGCGUACAACCUUGACAUUAAAUAAAUCAGCAUCUUCACAGCUUCAGGCUUCGAAUACAGAAUUAGUAUUACCUGGUGCAAAGCAUUCACGACCAAGACUUUUUGUGCAUCCUCCAAAGCUGAAACCUAGCCGUAAUGCUCUACUGAAUAGCCUAGCCCGCAGGAAAAUUUUGCAGCUGUCUGAUGAACCAGAAAUGACUGAUCCUCCCAUCACUUGCCAUGAAAGAGGAGCUGGCUGUUUUGCAGAGGAUGUCAUUCCCAGUGAUAAAUGUCCACCAGGUGCAAAACUUUUAAAAACUGAGUUUGUUAAUGGAUUCUCUCACUCUGUCACUGAAGACAAACUGGCAAUGCCAGAUGUGGCUUCACAGAAAAUGGAGGUAGAAUCUGCGGAGAUAUGUGAUCAGGGACAGUCUUACAGGGAGUCUCAGAAGCAGUGCAUUAAUUGGUCGGAUAUUCGAAAACUGAAAGUCCCCAGUUACAGUCCUGUAUCCAUGUAUUCUGGUGGAUCACAGAGUUCACCUGUACAUGAAGUCAACUCCUACACAUCUCAGAUGUCUAGACAAAACAGUAAAGUCAAAUCUAUUGCAGCUCCAAACAGUUUUGAUUUGCCAGGAUUGUCAGCCUUACCAGAUUUCUUGUGUGCGGACCGAGAGACUUCAAGGUGGAAACAGGGUGAUCAGAAAAAACAAGAUUCGUCACGUAAGGCCUUAGUGUAUCGAGACGAGUUGAGCUGCUCUGAGUAACCUGGUGCAUGUGCACUGCCCAAGUGCCCAUGAUCUGCUAUGUGUUGGCCGUUACCUGCUUGGCUGAGCCGACUCCAUCGUUCGUCUUGGCUGCUGCUGCUACAGCUGCUUCAUCUGCUUCUGCUAAGUCUGCUGCUGCUGCUGCUGCUGCUGCUGCUGCUGCUGCUGCUGCUGAACCCUGACCCGUGGUUUCAAACCUGUGAAGUGCUGGCUGCUUGGGCACCUCUGUGCAUUGUAGAUCUGCGCUGUGUGCUGUUGUAGCCCUAAGUUACCCUGCACCCGCCAGCACUCCCUUUGGACUCAGCUGUUGUGGGGCAAAACUCCUACUUAUGGUGAUAGUUGCCACAGCUUCUUGUAGUUUGCCACUGCCUAAAUGCGCAUCUGAUAUGGUGACUAGCUCUGUGAUGAACUGUAAUUAGAUCCAACCAGCUGCCUGCCUGCAACUGUUGCCAACAACUUCUCUAAGACUUGUUGCCAACACUAUCUGCUUGGUGUGUCCUGCUGCCAAGUUGUGUUACUCUUUUCCCUGCACGUGCUUGGCAUGGCUUAGUGUUAAGGGCUUUUUGCCACAUUAUUGAUGGUAUUUGUGCAUUAUUGUUAAGCGCAUUCUUCAGAGCCUGGGUGGAGGGGUAGAGUUGCCUCUCAGUAUGGUCAUACACUGCAUCCUAAGCUAUUCAUUGGCUUCUCAUGACGUAGGUCCGUCCCACCAAAAGGCCCUCUCUCUUUCUUCUUCUCGUCCCAUGCUCUCUAACCAGAUGUGCUGCCCUCCUAUUAUCUUUAAUUAGUCCGUGUCAAUGGCUCUGUUGUUAGAAUACACAAGGCCCACUUUGUGUGUUAAUAUCUUAUAGCUAUUUAGCUCCUUCCCACGCACGGCUAUCCAUCCACCUGGUGUCUGGCCAGCCUGCACUUCCAGUUCUGUGGCUCCUGCUAGUCCUUAUUUAAGUGUGUGUGUGUGUGUGUGUGUGUGUGUGUGUGUGUGUGUGUGUGUGUGUGUGUGUGUGUGGGUGUGUGUGGGUGUGUGUGUGUGCGUGCGCGUGCGUGCGCGUGUGUGUGUAAUGAAGUAAAUCCCAAAUAAUCACCCUAUUUGCUUGGCUGUCUUUAAUGCAGGUUUGUGACUGUAUACAAAAUAAAAAAGUUUGGCUCCUUGUUAAUAAUAUAAACAUUCACUCAUUUCAUAUUGUUGAAUGCUUCCCUUUGAUUAGAUUUAUGGAAUACUGUGGAUGAAUAAGUGAAUAGUAGGUAAUUGCAGUUACCAUGUGUUUUGUUUAAAUGAUAUUCUGUUAGUUUUUUUAUCAUUUCAAAGAAUUUUAAUUACUUGCUACAGUAACAGCGUAGAGGGCCCUUCGAUUUACUCUCCCAGCACCUUCAUGUGCAGCUGUGUUGAUUAGUGUUAAUAUAUGAGAACUUGGAGAACAGAGACCAUAAAUUAGAUAUGUAAGUCAGUGAGAGAGAUUAGAGUGUUAUCACUUUCUCUGAUCACAGUUGUCCCUCCCUCUUCUGGGUACCUUGUCUUCCAUUUAUUGGGAUUAUUUCAAGCAUUGAACUUGAUUUGUGAACACGCACAUAAACAUAAACCAGACUGAAUACUUGAUGUGAAUUUUUCAACCUUGUCUAAGUGCUUUAGAUGACUCAGUGCCUCUACUAUUCUGUGAGUUUUUACCUUUACUGCUAAGUUAUUUACAUUCUGUUAGUUUUCCAUACCAUAUGAACAUUAAGCUUUUUUUAGUGAAAAAUGAAGUGAAAUAAAUAAACCAUUCAGAAUCUUAUUUUACCAUUAACUAAUUGUUCAGUGCGAGUGUUUCAAUUACUGUGUACCUCAUGUGGUUUACAAAUGAAUUAGUUGUGGCUUAACUAUGGGCAGUAACUGAAAGCUAGUCAUUGCUUUCUAUUUCUAUGGUGUCCAAUAUAUACAACGUUAUUUUGGUAUUGUAUAUUAAUAUCAAGAGAAUAUCAAAAUUAUAUUUUUCAUAGUCAUUAGAAAUAUUUAAUUAACUUCACUGAAGAUAAGCUACUGUAGAAGGAGUGUAUGAGAAUAACAGAAAAAAUUCCUUUCGUUAGAAGGAAUGUUACUGCUUGUAAUGUUCCACAUUUAUUGCAAGUAAAUCCAGAAGUAAUUCUCUGACCUAAGUUCAGACCAGGAUAAAGAUUAUAUUAUGAAAAGAGUAGACUUCUACUCAUUGCAUAGUGAUGUUGACUCACAGACAGUCACAACAAAAAUACCAGCAAGCACAUAAGCUUUCGGCCAAGAUAUUUUGACAUUUGUCAGUUUGAUGGUUAGCAUUUAAAUAACUCAUUUGGGAAGGUGUAUGGAAGUUAGCAACUGGAGAUUUGCUCAUGGAACUAUCAUAGUGUGUUUGCUGGGAAAAAAUUAAGUAAAACAUAGAAACUGUACAUUACUUAAAGUGGCUAAUUAAUCUGAACAUUUUCAUUUAUAAUAAGAGGUUGGUUUCUAAACUACUGUGCCAUCUCACUUAGUAUAAAUUAAGAUAUGAAUUAUGAGGUAGCAAAACUUUAGCUCCAUAGCAGAAGUGCAAAAUUGGUAUUGCAUUUUCUGUAAUAAUAUGUUAGAAAUCAAUACUGAAAAUAGUGAUUCAUGUCUUGUUUCCACUAUAGUUAUUUGUUUGAAAACAAUGUGAGUAUAUUAACUUGCGUUUCAGUGUUUCCUUUACAAAGAAAUUCUUAUAUGAAUUAAUUAUUAAGAGUUAAAGUUUUUUUUCUAUCUAAUGGGUAAACAGAAUUUCUAAAGUGCCUGUGUUAUCUGCAUGGCUUUGGUAAUACAGUGUAUAGUGAAGAUGAUGGAUGGCUGAAGCAGAAUUGUGUUCAUAAUUUCAUCAGAUUCCAAAUUUCUUCCUAAUGAGUGAUUAACAAUAUUAAUGCCAGCAAUACAAAAGAAAAGGAAAAAAGCAACUCUGGACUUUCAUAUGUUGUCAUGAAAGAAGAAUGUUAUGUACUUCAGAGCAAAUACCUGGAAAAUGCUAUGACAACCCAUGGUCAUUAACACCAGAUAACCAUCUGCGGUGACACUCCUUACAAUCUUGUAUGGGGAGAAGUUACCACCAUAUGAUUCUUUUGGAACAGUGAUGCAAAGUGUCACUUUUCUCCAUGGGUUGUUUUUUCAUUGUUGAUCUGUUGUGCCAUAUCUUUGUCACUCAGUAUCUUAAACUGAAUGUGUGUUAAAUACAUAUUAGAAGCAUUGUUGCGUUUGAGAUAGUUGGAUAAAUCAGUUGCUGGUAAAUACUCAUUUGCUUUGGUCUGCUUUUUUAAGUAUGUAUUUUGUAUAUGGUUGAGAGGGGAUGAGAGAGGAUUUUAUUUUACAUUCUUGCAUUUAAGAAGUUGAACCACAUUUUCUGUGGUUAAAGAAAUGUUUGUACCAAUGAUACUGUUACAUUGUACCUGUAAACUUUUAAUUAAAAAAACAUUCCAUCACUGAGCACAUAGUGCAAAGAUGUAUUUUAAAAAUGACAAAUAAAUAGAAUGUUGUAAUGAUGUGUAUUGUUUAGUUAUAUUGAUGAGGAAGACAGAUUGUUUCAAAUGAUAUCCUGUGAAUAAAGUAUGUCUGUAACCUGUAAAAAAGUGUUGAUUUAUAGUUUUUAAUAGAUUUUUCUUAUCUCUAAAAUAAAGAUUUUAAUACACUUUCA